GGCGAUCUGUUUGAGUUCAAGGUGAUUUGAAGUGAUCGCACUAAGAGGUAGCAGUUGACGGGUUUUUCCUUUCCAUCUGUAUUUUAAACAAUUACAUAUACUGAUUAUAACAGCUUAAGAAUUCAUUACAUAGAGUUAUGUAUACUGUCUAUUCACUUAACAAAUUGAUUCUCUUAUUUGGUUGUAUAAUAAAUUCACAUUGUGAUUGGAAUAAGUUGAAUGAUUCUUCUAAAAAAGCAUUAAACAUUGAUAAUGUAACUCAAUCAUAUGCCCUAGUAUUUUAUAAGAUGCUUGAAUACAAUGAUUUGUCAGACAGUGUAGAUAUGUCUAUUCAUCAUAAUAAUUCUGAUCAGAUAAUAUUUUAUCCAUUCAAUACGUAUAAAUGGGAACGUAAUUCAAUAGGUGAUAAACAAGUAUUCACUGUAAACAAUUUAUAUAACAUUGUAUAUAAUGGAACCAACAAUAAACUUAAUCCAAAUGGAGAAGUGAUAAUCAAAUUUCAUAUCAGUAAUACAACUCAACGUAAUCCAGAUAUGCCACAUUUAAUGUUUCUCCCUGGUUGGAUUGUUCAAUUCGAUAUUCUCUUCAAUAAUUUAACUAGUCAUUUCAAUCAAAGUCGAUAUGGAUUACAAUUAAUAAUGAUAUCGAAUUUAACCUUGAAGUCAACUGAAGAAUUUCGUAAAGAUAUCUUAUUCAGUCUUGAUGAUGAAGUAACACCGAGUAAUUUUGAGAUGAUCAAUUUAUUGUUGGGUCAUUCAGUGUCAAGGUCGAACAUCACUACCACCACCACCAGUAAUAGUAGUAGUACUACUAAUACAACUGAAUCAGUAGUAAAUGUUACUAGUUUAUCAGAGAGUUCAAUAUUUCCAUCAGGAUUUAUUCAAAUAAAACCAGUAUGUUUUAUUGAUGAUCAAUUGCGUACAGUUCAAAAUAGUCGAAAUAUUUUUAUAAGUAAACAUCAAGAUAAUAUUAUAUUAUCUGAUAAUGUUGAUGAUUACAAUAAAACUGAUCACUUGUCAAAAUCAAUUCUUGAUCAAGCAUUCCCAUCCAUAUUCUACGCUGAUCGAUUAUAUCCAAACAUGAAAUUAUUAUCACCUCCAGUUGGUAUUCGUUUGUUGAAUAUAUCGUUUGGUUCACCGAUGGAUGGAUUUUAUGCCAGUUCAAAAUUUAUUGUAUGGACUGCAUCAUUCGGUUUAGGUUCACCGCCAACUGAUAGUCUAUCCUCUCUACUCACUGGAUUGAUUAUCUUAUCAAUGGUUAUCCUUGUAUGCUCUAUUAUUCUAGGCAGUAUUCUUACAGUGAUCCUGCGUAGGCGUACAAGUAGACCAAGUUUCAGUCAUUUUGUUAAUGAUCCUGUUGCUUAAAUGAACCACUUAGUGUGUGUGUGUGUGUGUUGGAAUCAUAUCUCUUUUCAUUUAACAAUUUCCUAUUGAAAAAAAAAGAAAAAACUGUUUGAUUUUAUUUACAUUCCAUAAGUUGUUGAUUUCUUAAUGCCCACCCCCCCUUUUUCCAUUGAUUAUGUAACUUGUGUAUUGCUUUUCUUCCCUUUUCUAUAUUGUAUUGAUUAAAUUGUGCCUUGUUAUACAAAUAUCUGCAAACCUAUCUAGUUUGGAAUGUAUUUUUACUAUGGUAACUUUACUUGGUUGUGUGGCUAGCAGAGGAAUUCAUAACGCGUGUUUCGUCCUGUUCGACACUCAUCAGCCAGAUGUAUCUUCACCCUUGUGAGACUCGGACCUCGUGUCCAUCGCUUUAACAGCCAAAACUUUAUCUACUAGGCUACUGAGGCACAGUGGCCACCUCUUGUUCAAUGGGUAUUAAUUAGUACUAGAUUUUAAUUCUCCGUUGUUUUUACUGGAUUGAAUUGUUCGAGGUUUGUUGACAUGUUGAUUCUUAUACAGAUGUCUUGAUAUUGCCUGAUAACGUUACUUGGUUGUCCUUAUAUGGUUCUAUAUUUUGAAAGUUCAUUUUUUCCUAAGGUGUCUUUCUCAUAACCUCGAGAGGAUAAGUAGAUGUUGCGGAUAAAAAUUAAAACUCUGGUGAAUCCACAUUGUUGGGUAAAAAAACUAGAUCUUCAGUGGAAAGCUGCUUCGUCCUAGUGUAGUUGGCGUUGUUGAUCAGAAUGGAUGUAAGGAUUCUGCCUCCCUGGACAGUUUCUUCACCAGUUUUCCGCAUGCAAAGGAUUUACUCUGUCUGUUGAUAUUCAUUCGAAGUGCAGCCACCUCCUUCUGAAGGUUAUCUGUUUGUUUUUUCCGGUUAUUUACCUCUGGUAACUACACCGCAGCUACCGCUGUACCCACUAGCUGUCUGGUGGCCUUGACCAUCUCACUAAUAUCCAUGGGUUGGGCUGGGUUGACUAGUCUUAGUUGCUGAGCGAUGGCAUUCGGGAUACUUUCGGUGAAUUGUGCAACCAGCAACUGCACCUCGGAGUCCUCAUCCAAAGUGGGAAGUGCUCAUCGAAGUAGUUUUGUCAACUUCACAGCCAAUACCAGUGUAUCCUUCAUCUAUUCCAAGUUUCGUGCUCUGCAACUGCUGCAUCGCCGGCUCUCUGUCCGCUGGGCUGUCAACCUCCCCCUCCAGGCGUUCAAUCAUUCUCUGCCAAAUCUUCUUCCCAUCGCCACGUUCCACGCCGUCAUAUGCUGCUUUCGUUCUACUCUUCAGCAACGUGCCAAGCACCACAACCUUCGCUCCUGGAUCCCAGACACGCACCAGCUCUGCGACCGACUACGAAGUCCCUGAGGAAGACCUUGAUGUCUCCAUUCUCGAACACUGCAGGCCACGAAAUUUUCAUCAUGUUCAGAAGCUACAAUACCACUUGAAGGAAACGAGAAGACAAAGACGAAGGAAGGGAUGUUUAUCAUUGACAUCUUGUACAGUAGUCAUCAAACAUGGUACACCUUCCACUAAGACAGUCAUUUACACAGUGUGCUUCUCUCUUGAUUUGCUCUUCAUACUUCUGCGUUUCUUUGCACAGAAGCUUCACUCAUUGCUGGUUAUUCCCUAUGAUUUCUGACGCCCUGUCAACAUAUACUACUUAUAUCCAUUCUGAUAAGUAGUGCAGACUACAGUAGAACAAGACCUGUCAGCAAUGCAUAUCUACCAGCCCACUAGGAAACGAACUCAGAAACUUCAAGCUUCACGACAGUUGUUGAUCAACUCUACAAUUAGCUGAUAUAUCAUGUACUAUGCCAAUUUCUUUAACUGAAACACCAACACUCGAAUGAUGUAGUUAAAUAAUUACGCAAUGUAGAUUUCUAUCAUUCAUUACUUUUAUCCCAACUUCAAAAUCUCUAGUGUAUAUAUUUUAAUAUUCAUCUGGAGUUUUUACUAUCUGAAUGUGUCCUGUUUAGUAAAAUAUGAUCAUCGACAACGCCAACUAAAUGGUUAUCACAGGUACCUGUUAUUGAUAUGAUAGGAAAAAAGAUGAUCAUGGGUGUAGUGGGCGUCGCUGAUAACUAGUGGAUAUAAGUAGUAUAUGUUGAGAGGCCGGCAGAAAGCAUAGGUAAUUACCAGCAAUGGGUAAACAUUCUGCCAAGUGCAACGCAAGGGAUAACGCAGACGUAUUACAGUGGAUGCUUCUGAUAAGAAUGUAUGAAGAGCAUAUCAAGAGAGAAACAGAAGAGGAAACGAAGCAUAUUUUGCAAAUGACGGUUCUUAAUGCAAAGUGUACCCUAUGUAACGACUAUCGUCCCAAUUGUUGAUAAUAUUUGUUCCUUCCGUCUUGUCUGUCUUCUUGUUUCUUCAAUGGGUUCGAGUUUACUGUUCACUAGUAUGAAUAACCACAAUGGAUAAUGAUAUUCUGAAGACUGACAAAAGCUAUCUAAUUCUUAGAAGGUAGCUUUCAUCAUAGAUUGAAGUUGUAGCGUUGAACUACUCACGGGGGGCAUGGGUUCGAACCUAAGCCUCACUGAGAGUAAGUUGCCAUCCACUCAAUCUGUUGGAAUGUACACAGCUAAAGAGCCCUAGAGUAAGAUGUGUAAUGCUUCUUGGCUUUCAAUGAUUCUUCGAAUAAUGUUCCUCCUUAUUGAAAGCUACAUCUAAAUCAAUUUCAACGGGAACGUCUGACCUAUAAACAAACUUUCUGGCUAUACCGCUACUUAAAGUGUGAGAAAUAGUUUUAUUUUCCUAAAUAUCAUUCUUGAGAUGUAGAUAAUUGGUAUGCUAACUGGAUGAAUUUAGGUAUCUCUGUUUCCCGUAGUGAUAACGUGUAAGAGUACAGGGGUCUCCAAGACGAAAAGAAUCCCUGGUUGAGGACAUUUGGUGACAUGGCUGAAAAUCAGUAACAAUGGCACAGAUGUGUUUACUCCUUACUAUCUUCUAAAGCUUGAAUGUUCGCACUAACCUUUAUCUUCAGACUGUUUAUUCUCUCACCCAUACAACUUUGUGAACUCUUGUGAAGUGGGGCAACUUGGAGUGAUGCAAUUUGUGUGGGAGGUUGUACGUUGAUCUUGUCAGUCAGUGAUGAGAGCACAGAAUCGGUUAAAGUAAAAUGAGAUACUUACAUCAGAUGAACUGAAGGUAUAUUGAUGAGAAUUUGAGAAUGUUUGGGAUAUGGUUCUCACCACCCAAAUGCAAAUUGCCGCUCCAGGAUUAGUUUUCAGCGGUGCCACGACUAACAAUAAAGAGUGAAGUGGUUGAGUGUAUCGACUACUUCACUAACCUGGGAAGUAAGAUCAGCCCUACCCUGGUGGCUGGCUCAGUGGCCAGUGAAAUCUCUGUACGGAUACAAAAGGCUCGAUUGGCUUUCGCCAAUUUACGCCACCGUGAUAUCCUAUUGUCUAUUAAGGGUGGCGUGUACUGCACAACAGUUCGGUGUGUUCUACUGUAUGGCUGUGAAACAUGGCCAUUGAAAGUGGAAGAGAUGAGUAGGCUGGCUUCAGGUGUUUGACCACCGUUCCGUGGUGUCACCACGUGAGAAACUCAGAAGUCAGGCGUUGAGUUUUAGGGAGGAGAGGUAAGUCAGUCGACGAGGUUGUGAACCUUCAUCGACUGAGAUGGUUGGCUCCGACACGUACUACGAAUACCUAGUCACCGAUUGCCUCAUCACACAAUGUUGGCUGAGGUGGGUCCAGGCUGGAAAAGGGCCCGAGGUGGCCAGACUAAAACAUGGCACCAAUGUAUGAAGUCUCUGACUGUUGGUUUAAGCCAUGUAGGACGAUGCAGACUAGGUGGUUGGGAUCAGUGGGAGAAGAGGAACCAGUGGUUGGAGACCCUAGGUGAUCACAUGGCUGAGAAGCGAUGUGAGUGGCGCAGAUGUAUACACACAUUAUCCUCAUCUUAACUACACUCUACCGAAUCUCACCAUUUUUUCACUCCUCUUUCAUUUCUCCUCGUACUUUAUAUUUCUUUUGACUGUAUUCUCUUAUCUUCAUCCUUCACCUCACUACCUUUUUACUUGAUGUGCUGAUAUGAGGUGUGGCAACUCGGACUGUUACGCAGUAAUCCCUAGACUUAUGUUGAUGAUGAUGAUUGAUGAGAAUUCGGACUAACUCUAACGGUCAGCGAAGUAGUCAUUAGUUAGAGAUUCCUUUAUUUCGGUUGGACAGGUAGUUUUUCGCAGAAAGUGAUUGUUAAGAUGACUUCAGGAGGUUACAUAUGCAUCAAGACCUCUUAUAAAACUUACUAUGAUUCGAGAAUAUAUUUGAAUGAUUGAAACAACUGAAUGAGAAAUAGCUCAAUCCAGUCUAUUUUAUGGUGAAUUUUGGGAUUAUUAAGUCAGAUCUUAUUACAGUGGACUAAUUUAUUUUCUUUUACUAAUUAGGCAAGUUUCGUAAAAUAUUAUUGGAAAGCUCCGAUUUCGCAUAAAAUAUUGUUAUGGGUCUGAACUUGUCAUUCUCAUACAAUUUUUACAGCAUGACUAAUAGUUCAUUUUCUGCCUCCAAUUUCAAGGUAAUUCGCUGAUUGGUCAAUUCUUCCUCUUACUAUGCUAAUGUCUUUAUUUUGGACAAGGUCAUAUCUCAAGUGUAUACAUACUGACUAGUUUUGUUUGAAUUAAUUAAUUGAUCAUUAUUCUCGGAGGAAUAAAACUCUUUCAUCUAGCUUCGGUAUUCUUCUCUAUUCGUCCCGGGUUAGAGUUGGUAGCUGCUGCAUACAAAGUUAGCUGUCAGUGAAGCGUGUACAUUAUAUCCAUUUGAAAUAUAUAUAACAUACUUUACAGUAUCUAAACUAAUGCAUAAAUGGCGGAGUGUGUACCGUUAGUGUCCUUAUACUUUUGUGAAUUGUUUUUCUGUUGUUGAAAACUUUGACCAUUGUACUUUGUAUAUCGACAUUGUGAUAAGCAUUUUAAACACAUGUAGUGUUUACUUGUUUCCAACCAAAAUAAUAAAUGUUUAUAGGUAUUUAUUUC